AUGUCGGCAUCCGCGACGGCAUGCCCUAUGGCUGCCUCGCUGACUGAUGACGGCAUGGCACUGUCACCGAAUGUACCUCCAGGAGCCGCAGGUGUCAGUGCCAGCGCGAGCGCCAACGAGCAUCCACUUCGCCCCAUCUCGCCCAUCUCGCCAGCUACCUCAAUAGGAGGGGCACAACCAAGUGGAUCACCAGCAAGAGCGCUGGGCGAUUCUUCCUCAAUGACAGACUAUAGCAUCCCACAACAACAAACAAGUGGUAGCUUCCCGCUCCAGACCAGUACCAGCAGUGGUGGUGGGAGUGGCAUGGGGUCAGGACUUGGACUCGGCUCAGGGGCAUCGUCAGGCUCAGGCUCCGCAUCAGGAGCAGCCAGAGGGAGACCGCGAGGAGACUCAUCCGCCACAUCUAUGUCCAUCGGAAGCGGCAGUGGCAGUGCGACGACAUCCCCUGUCCGAGGACCGCGGUCGCUACCCUUGAAUCACCUUACAUCCUUGAUGGGUAGCAACAAUGGCGGCGCGGUCGCUGCUGGGAGCGCACCGGGUGCUUCCGACGAAGAACGCAACAGCGGGUGUAGUCCGAGCUCUGCAUCAUCAUCCCGUUCGUUCCCCUUCGCUGCAACUUCAGGUGUGGGACUAGGGAGCCCGCUGCUAGAUCAGGCGGAUACGGACAAGGCUGCAGCUGGGAAUAUGGAGCUGCGGACGAAUGUGGCAGAGUCAGAAGUGCUCGUAGAGGUUGGGGACAGCUCAUCAGCCGCACCGCUAUCGGCUUUGUCAACUUCGUCCUCAUACUCCUUCCCUGCGCCACUAUCACCGCCGGCGAUCCCCACCACACCUCCCUCUGCAGCGGAUCUGCUCAGCGCGGAUCAGAGCAUCACACCAAACGCAUCAACAUGGCAUUUGAGCCAGACGCUGCACUCUGCUGAUGUGGGCACUACCCCGGAUGACGCCGAGGUAAAUAUUGGCGUUGCGGCAGAUGCAAACAGAGUAGGGAAGGGCGUCACCUCGCCCUUCCUCGGCGCGUUGAUCCCCACGUUCUCUUUCGCCCAGCCUUCCUCCUCCUCGGACGCGUGGGUCUCUUCGUCUUCUGACACGACGACGGAGAUGACGAGGCCAGCAGUGGGAACGGGAGCCUCAAGCGGCGGCUUGUCGGCGCAGCAGCAAAGCCUGGAGCACAGCUAUUCACCCACCGGGUACGGCAGCGCUGCGGCAUCGUCGCCCUCUGCGUCAUCCGCUAGCAGCUCAUCCCCGCUCUCGCCAACGUCACUGCCAUCCUGUUACCAAUCUGUGCACCACCACCACCAGCAUCACCACGAACUGUAUACGCCAAGCUCGCCGGGCGGGAGCUACUCGCUGUACGCGACGCCGCACGUAGCAGCGUCCUCGUCCGGCGCCGGCGGCCCGGAUGGCGCGCCAACUGUCUCGCAGGUGCAAGCCGGCCGCGAGCACCGUGCCGGGUCAGGAGGCACUAUUGAGCAACCGACAUCGGCCGUCAGUGGCGGGGGCGCCAGCAGUGCUAGCAGCGGCAGCAGCAAGGAUAGGCGAUCGUCCGGCGCGGCGGGCACGUACUCGACCGUCUCUGGCUUCUUCAACAGUUUCAGACCCAGCAGCCCGCGCAGCAUCGUCCCACCUGCUUCCUCAUCAUCUGUGCCAGUCGCAUCGUCGACCUACGAGUUCGCCGGUGCCCCCUCGUUGUCUGCUUCCCUCGAGUUGUCGAGUGCUGGCGCGCGGGAGCGCGAGCAGCGAGAGCGAAUGACGAGCGCUGACUUGCCCGUUGGGGCAUCAGGAGGGCCAGGCAGUGUGAACGGAGGCGCUAGAGCAUCUGCAGAGCCGAAUUCGGCCACCAGCAGUGGCAGCGGGGGCGGGGCGGGAACCUCGCAUCUGCGCAGGCAGUACGAUCCCAAUGCCAACCCAACGACUCCCGGUAAGUCUCCGCGGAGACCUGGCAACGUGUUCGAUCAUGUCGGUACCCUGUUCGGCAAGGGGAAGAAGGACAGGGAGAAGAAUGGCAGUACCGGAAGCAACGGCAGCAGCGGCGGCGGCGGCGCGGCUCCCCGUGGUACGCAGAUGACGAAUCUGCAGCACCAACGCACCGGGAGCAGAAGUAGCGGCACCAGCCCUUCGGGUAGCCAGACCUCCGGGAGGAAGACCUCGACAGGCGGGUUCUUUGCGAGUAAUGCGAUGAAGAGGAACAGUAACGCGGUGGAUGUGCUGGAUGAGGAUGCUUCAAAUUCAGGAACGGAUCUUGACCGACCAUCUUCGAUCGCGUACUAUGCCUCGCCGUCGCUGCUGUCUCAAAGCUCGUCCGGGACCAUCUCAGCAGCUGCUUCGCCCCGAGGUAGUCUCGGUCUUGGCCUGCCACAGACCCUCAGCGAGUCAGCUGAUUCCAUGGCAAGCGAGCGAGAGGGAAACGUAGGUGACAGGGCAGUGAGACCUUCGACCUCGCCAACCGGCGAGAGAAGUUCGCUGGAGAAAAUGGAGUACCUCAGCUCACCGGGCGAGUUACGACAGAGAUUGAGCGGCUGUAGCUCAUCCACUGGAUCCAGGUCGAGCUUGGCUAACGCUGCCAAGCGAAUCAGCGCGCUGGAUCGAGUGCUGAUCCAAGUCACCGAGGACAACGAACGCUUUUCCGUCGUUGACGUCUCGGGAAUGUGGAGUGCAGAGGCGAUCAAGGAGAAGAUGAUAACUAAGCUCCACUAUGACCAUGCUGAUGUUUCGAACCUGAGGCUGUGCCGCACCGAGAUUGGUCGGUCGAGCAUUGUAGACGUCUCGAUGGACGACGACUCUCUGCUGGCAAUGUGCAUGCAGGCAGGCGACGACAAGGGCACACUCAAGUUUCUCGUCCAAGCCAACGAUGGUGCCAACAGACCCCGGAGCGGCAGCGACCAUCAGUCUCAGUCACGCAGACACUCGCGAACUGAGAGCAUGUCCUCGCGCGGAUCAUUCAACGAGCAGAACGAUAUGUUAGGCAAGGGUUCGACGCUACAGCGUUCCCGCGCUGCGAACGUGCGACGCAUCGCCAUCGGCAGCGGCAGCGAUGAGCAGCGGUCAGCCCCUAGCUCUGCACGCUCCCCGCCCGGCAGUGCGACCAGCGGUGGUCCGUCCAUGUCGGACAUUACACGAACCGACUCGCCAAUGUCCGAGAGGGACUCCAGCGCGACUCGCCAACGCCGUCCGUCGUCAAGUCAAAGAGACCCGCACUCGCAGACAUCGUCCUGGCACGAAGGGUCGCAACUAACUCAUGACCACAGUCUUCAUCCUUCAAUUUCUUCGCCGCCCUUCUCGCCACCCUCAUUCGGCCGCCGCGCGGAAUCGCAUUCGGGUGGCAUGCACCCGGUUGUGCACCGCGCACCGUCUCAGCCCUCCUUCGAAAGCGCGGUAGACGCGGAGAGCGACUUUGGACAUCAGCGUGCGUGCACGGACGGAGUGCAUCUACACCCGCAGCAAGGUUUCAUGAUGCACAAUGCAAAGAGCAUGGAGGACCUCAGAGGCAGUCCGCAGAACCUGCAGGCCGAACUCUAUGGCCAGGGCUCAGAACGAGCAGGCGAACGGUAUCCACCCGCAUCUGCCUCUCGGCCAGCGGUGCCUCCGCAGCCACCCUCUCUCUUGCGGCAAGGGAGUGGCGAUAUGCCGAUCCGAACUCCCCUCUUUACGCAAGACCCUCGCUACUUCCGGCAUCCAGAUUCGCUCCGGCCACAUACGGCGCAUACACCCGGACAUCAAUACGUCAACGGGCCAAGAUACAUGGAACGUUCUCCAUCCUACAACACCGAACACAUGCGAACACCUUCGUUUGGCAAUACCCGGCCGGCGACGUCAUUCUUUGACCCUCGCAUGCAGUUCGCACCGCGUCCACCUAUGCCAGCAACGAUGGGCUCGCAUCCACGGCAGCAAAUGAGUGUCUCCCCGAACAACUUAUCGUUCAAUCAAGGGUGCCCGAACGAAUUUGGAGCCCGUGCUCCGCCGUUCCCCAAUCGUCCACACACGUAUCAUGACCAGUACAGGUAUGCGCCCACCAUUCGUCCGCCGCCACCCAAGCCUUCCCCACAAGGCCGAGAGGACCCGUUCACUGCGGCAUACUUUCCCAACACGAGCACCAGGCAGGUCAGCGAGUUCCAGCGGAGUGCGACGCCCUUGGCGCCUGGUCGAACAAUACAGGAAACUCUGGUCACCCGAGGGCCGCCUACGCCAGGCUUGCCUCCUGGAAGCCCUUACGCCCAACGGCCCAUGCAACAUGGAAGCCUUGACCAAGAUACACAUCCAUCGCAGCAGCGCUAUGCGCAGCAAGGGCCGUACGUGCAUCCACAGCAGCCCCACCCUUUCCACCAGCAGCAGCAGCCACAACAACAACAACGCUAUACGCAGCAUGGCCAAGCGAUGCCACAAGCAGGCAUGCAACGCGCACAUACCCAGCAACCGUCACACGAUCAGCAGGCUGCCAUGACGAGGGCACAUACCCAACAGCAGCAAGAGCAACAGCAGUUCUCACAUUCGCCUGUAUUGCACGUAGGUGUGCCUCCGCAUAGCUUACCUUCGGUGCCCAUCCGGCCGGAGCGUGCGCCCGAGCGAGGACCGCCUCCUCGGCCACUGCCGGGUGCCCAACCCUCGCAAACUACUCUCCAGCGUGUCUCUGAUACUCCCUCUGAGCCUCUCUCACAUCCGACAUCAAUGGAGGACACGGCAAGCGCUCCCACCUCUGCCCGCAGUUCUAGCAGCGGUCCGCUCAGCGCUGACUUCUCGAGGGUUAGCGACGGCACCAAGAGGACCUCUUCUUCCACAAUGUCUCCUUAUUCGCCCAUUUCUGGUGACAUGGACGACUUGGAUCUCAUGAAGAUCCGUCCCUUGCCGAUGCCUCCGGGUGGUUUGGCGUCUUCGACAGAGGGGUCGUCAUCCAUGUCCAGGCUGGAAUCGGCUGGCUCGUCUCGCAUCGACAAGUGCGAUGAGGAGAGUGACACUUUGAAGGCAGCACUCUGGGCAUCCCUUGUUGAGUCGAUGAAAUCGGGACAACAAGGGCACACUUCGCCGUCAGGGAACUCGAAGGGCGACAUUGGAGAGCGGACGGUCAACACAGUCACGUCCUUUCCAUCGGACGGAUCUACUGCCACUUUCAGCGCCAAAAAAUCAGACGAGGACACCAAUGGCGGCACGUUCGCCUCCUUCGCCUCUUUUGAUGACGAUGAGAAUGAGACCUCAGGUACUUGGGCGCUUCCACUGAACCCUGACAAAGGCACAUUAAUCUCUAUCGCCAACAAUGCAGCUGGUUCGACAUCUGAAGCCUCUGACCAGGGCGCCUCUUCGCAUCGGCGUCCAGAACUGCGGGUCACAAUCGAUCCAAAGGGUCCUACCAAGGCUACCAAAACUGCUACUUCUGACCCACCAAGAACUGCAUCUCCCUUGUCAAUGUUGACUCCGGACGAUCUGAACGUCUCUGAACUGUCAACCACAACGAGUAUUCAGAGAAAGAUAUCUUUCGCACGGAGAGACAGCGACUGGGCCUUUAGGCCUCCACAGGAACAGCUUUACGAGUACAUCGACGAAUUCUUUCCGAAACACGACCUUGACAAGCCUGUCCUGGACAGCAGCACCGUGCCGGAAAGUCCCAGUGGCGAGCUGAGUCCGAAGGAGGAGGCUACGACGGAGUUGGUAAUUGGGGCACUACCUCCUGCGCCUUUACCGAGAGCGACGCGGCACAAAAAGUCGAUCAGAGUUGUCGCGCAAGACCGCAAGCGUCUACUGGAGAAGGUCGGAGACGUAGAAGCGGAGCCGCAGGUGAAGGAGCAAGCUCAGUCUCUAGCGCGGCGACGCAGCACUCGCCUGUGGGGUGGACAGGUGUUGGAGAUGACGCCUGGUACCGAGACCACGGCCUUACAAAGCUCCUCUCAGACGGAUAGGCCGCAGUUCAAAUGGGUGAAAGGUGAAUUGAUUGGGAAGGGGACCUACGGAAGAGUCUAUCUCGCUCUGAAUGCUUCCACGGGAGAGAUGCUGGCUGUAAAACAGGUCGAGCUGCCGAGGACUGCCAGUGAUCGGGAGGACGCUCGUCAGAAGAGUGUCGUGCAGGCACUCAAGUCGGAGAUCGAGACCCUGAAGGACAUCGAUCACCCGCACAUUGUCGCCUACCUCGGCUUCGAGGAAACAACAUCGUACCUCAGCAUUUUCCUUGAGUAUGUUCCCGGUGGAUCGGUCGGCAGCUGCCUUCGCAAGCAUGGUCAAUUCGAGGAGGAUACGAUCAAGUCAUUCCUGCAUCAGAUUCUCGAGGCUCUUGCCUAUCUUCACGGCAAGGGAAUCCUACAUCGUGACCUCAAGGCGGACAAUAUAUUGGUUGACUUCAACGGCAUCUGCAAGAUUUCUGAUUUUGGCACAGUAAGGCGCAGCGAUGACAUUUAUGGCAACGUCGAGAACAUGUCGUUGCAAGGCAGCAUCUUCUGGAUGGCUCCAGAGGUGGUCAGUCUAUCCAAGAAGGGCUACAGCGCCAAGGUCGAUAUUUGGAGCUUGGGUUGCGUGGUGCUCGAGAUGUUCGCUGGGCGAAGGCCAUGGUCGGACGAAGAAGCUGUGCAGGCCAUGUUCAAAAUCGGCGCCCAGCGAAGGCCGCCCCCAAUCCCACCCAAUGUACGCCUGUCCAAGCUCGCUGCGCACUUCUUGCGCAACUGCUUCGAGAUUGACCCGAAUCUGCGGCCGACGGCGAGUCGUUUGCUCGAGCACAGAUUCCCUUCGGCCUUGCCGGAAGGAUGGACGUUUCAGCAGACAGCGCUGUAUCGCGCCAUUUCGAAGCCACCCCGGAGGACCCAAAAGUAG